ACAACCGUAAAAGUGCCUGCUCAAACUUCCGAGGAGUUCAGUUUCUUUAAGAAAUAAUCCCUGUGUUUCAGUCUUCAACAAUCGAGACGCAUGGCAUGAAGUUGCCGGUCACCGCUUUCCAAAGUGUCUUAGUCCUAUAACAGUGUUGUGAAGUCCCAGAGGAAGCUGGUUUAAUCUGUCCUGCCGUAGCAUUGGUACACUAACAUAGAAGAAGAAGAAGAAGAAGAAAAAAAAGAAACGUUCGCGUGCAAAGUGGUUAUCCCAGACUAUUUAUAAGCGUCUUAUGUUGCGCGGCCAUUCACACCACUCGCGGAAGGAGCAGCGAAAGAGCAAGAGUGAAAAAACAGUGUGCAUGCGUUUGUGUGUUUGUGUGACAGAGUGAAAUGGAUACCAGGUGAAUUUGGGAUAAAAUCCGACGCGGUUCAUCGAACGUACAAACGCGAACGACCGAACGUAUCUGGCUAAGUGCGAUUGCAAAACGCGUUCCGACGAACUCGAGCUCGCCAAAAUAUUCGCACGCAAGAAAUCAUGGUUUUCUCGAGCUACCAUAGCACCUCCUACCUUCCGCUGGACAACGAUCAGAGCGUGACGUUCUACAAGAACGAGAAUCGCCUUUUCCCCACAGCCAUCGUGCCGCCGACGGUGCUUUCCCUAACGCCUUCCACCCGCGCAUCCGACCCCUCCGCCGUGGCCAGAAACAUGAGCAACAUGAGCACGACCGAGCUGCUCACCGCGGCAUACGCACAACAGCAACAGCAGCAGCACCACCAUCACCACCCCCACCAUCGUGCACUGAUCGGCGGUGGUUCCGGUAGUGCUGGCGAAAGCCUCAUCACCGGUGAUUGCCCUUUCGGAAGAGUUCAAUCACCAGCAGCAGCCGGAGCAGCAGCGCCACAACAGCACGCGCCGGUGGUGCAACGCCAGUUUCAUCAUCGCAUCGGAGAAGCCGUUGCCAUGUGCGACGACUUUCAGCCGGUUGCUUAUCUCAACGGCUCAUCAAACGGUUACUAUGGGUACGUGCCGUCGCUUGCUGCCGCCACCUCCCGCAACACCCUUAACAACAAUAACAACAACGAGGAGGAGGACGCGGAAGUUACUACUAGCAACAACCGGCAGCCGCAGGAACUGGCAGGAGCAUAUCAACACAACGCGGACAACGAGCAAAACAACAAUAACGGUGGACUUUUUGGUGGAGCGAACUUUCUUUCUGCGCACCGGAAGCGUAAGGAAAUUGGUGGUUUUACCAUGCCGGCUAGCGAACACCAGCAUGGAGACGAAGAGAUGGACACUAACCACCCGGCGAUCGAUGGUGCCAGCCAAACCAAGCGACGGAAGACGGAACCGGAAGUUUUUGCAGGACGAACGAACGACCUAUUUCUAGCACAGCACACCUUCGGAGAUCCGUCGUAUCGCCGCCACGCGGACGAGCAACAGCAGACCAUCGAAAUGGAAUGUCAGGAUCAGCCGGAACCUCACCACCAUUCGUCGGCCACCACCCAACCGCAUCCCGGAGUGCAUUACACUAAUGGAUUUGCCGCACACGCCACUCCUGGCGUGGCCGAUGGACAGCAGCAACAGCAACCCCUUUCAGCUGGCAACAAGAUUCAGAGGACGAAGCAUGAAACGGAAGCAGCAGACGAUGUUAGAAACAAUCGCUCCGAAGAAACACCUUUAGCAAAACGAAGUACCGGCUUCGAAGGACUCUUUGUUCGAGUUCCCGUGCAUCUUCCAUCUGUAGCCGGUUACACCAAGGAGGGUGUAGCGGACGAUGGUGAGCAUGUUGAAAGGCGGCAGCAUCAGGAUUUGGAACUGUUCCACAACCUGCACGGCACCGGGGGGGAGUUUCGGUAAAAAAUUACCACCCGCUUCCGGAAUCUUAAGAUUUGAUAGAGACGCGGCAAACGGAGCAAGUACUUUCGCCUAUCGGUUGGGCAGGUUUUUUUUUUACACAAGAUAAGAUAUUUCCAGCGUUUUUUAAACACAUUUCCAAGCUUUCAAAAACAGCUGCUAAGUAUCACAGGCAUAUCUCAAGUGAGUUAGCAGCAAUCGGGAAACAAAUCUACAACGGUAUAGGAAUAGUAGAUACCAGAGUAAUACCUUCUUCAAACUGAUGUACCUUAAACAUAAAUCUUGCGCGAGUAAGCUUUUCCGCUCUCAAGCUUAGGGAAGAGUUAGUAUAUAGUGUAACGAAUUUUGUAUCCCACUGUUUCGAUAAAGGCUAAGAGGGACUUAAUAAGAACGUACUUAACUAAUCGCUCGAAAGCGACGAUCAGAAUGAAAAAAAUCCUAUAAAAAGAGACAGGUGCUAAAAGGGAGUUUGUAAUAGAACCGUUUAAGAAUGUUUAGCGCUCGUUAACAAUAAAUCACUUUUCUAUCAGAACAAUCU